AGUUCACGUAUUUUUAUUUGCCCCCGAUCAUUUACUUAAAUAGAGACGCAAAACGGGAUAUCAAGAGCAAUAGUUUGUUUGGCUAAUGGCCAAAGUACUCGGCUUAUCAUGCAGUUCCUUAUCAGACGUUUCUCACUCAUCCAGAGUUUUCGUGCUGAUAAGUGUUUAAUUAAUGUCUGGCUAUAGAGCUGUGCGGAUCGAAAGUGAGCAUUCAAAAAAUUGGUGCCGUAUUGGUGUUAAAUAUUUCACAACAAAUAUGAAUCAAGUUGGCAGAAUCGGAGUAAUAGGUGGUGGAAAAAUGGCACUAGCUAUGGUGAAAGGUUUCCUCUCGGCUGGUCUUGCAAAAUCUGAGAAUGUGAUAGCCAGCGUACAUCCAGACGACACACAAAGCCUUAAGCAGUUCGAGCAAAUUGGUGUUGAAACUGUUGUAAAAAACGAACCAGUAGUGGAAAAAUCAGAUAUUGUGUUCAUAUCAGUUAAGCCACAGGUGGUGCCCGUUGUCUUACCUGAAAUAAAGCCGUUGAGUAAUGACAAAUUGUUUAUCUCAAUAGCCAUGGGUAUAACCAUAAAGAUGUUAGAAGAGAAACUUUCCUCCAGCGCACGAAUAAUACGCGCCAUGCCCAAUACUCCAGCUCUUGUAAAAUCGGCAUGCUCAGUGUAUGCGCGCGGUACUAAAGCAAACCAAAAGGAUGGUCAAUUAACAAAGUCACUAUUGGAAGCGAUUGGUACGUGUGAAGAAGUUCCCGAGUACAUGUUUGAUCCCAUCACAGCUUUGAGCGGCAGUGGACCAGCUUAUGUAUUUGUCAUGAUUGAAGCGUUAGCGGAUGGUGGAGUUCGAAUGGGUUUGCCGCGCGAUUUAGCUUAUCGCCUUGCCGCACAAACUGUUCUAGGUUCUGGGCAAUUGGUACGUGAUACCAAAGAACACCCGGGCAUAUUGAAGGAUAAUGUCACAAGCCCAGCGGGAUCAACUGCUGCGGCGCUAAAGGUUUUAGAAGCAGCAGGAUUUCGUGCAGCCGUCGCCGGUGCGGUGGAAGCAGCCACGUUAAGAUGUCGGGAAUUCUCAGGCAACUAAUAUUCAUAUUUUACUUUCGUUCCCACGACCAUCGGUUCUACGUUACCGAAACGAGCCCUGAUUGAUAUACGGAUAGGGACUCUGACUCCAGCCGCAUUCAACAAACAUUUAUGGGGAGUGUUAAUGCCAACAAAAAAUAACAAUAACAGUUUUAAUUUUUGUUUAAGGCAAAUUGUUUGCUAGACUGUAGCAUAUACGGCCGGUAAAAUAGAAAAAAUUAAAUAAUUAAUAAUAAACAAUUAGCAUGACAAAUAGCUCUAAAAUAUUUUUCAGAUAUGUCACACACAUGAAAUAAUAAAAUUUUACAAAUUACCUCAAACUACUAAAAAUUUUAAAA